AUGCCGCCGCGUGAGGUCCUGGUGACCUAUACGCUCUACCCUUCUGGAAAUGGCGACCUCCGCACAGCGCUCGCAGGCGUCACCGACCAAUUCCCACUCCGUAACCUCCACUGGAAGUCGAGCACGCGUACUGCGCUCCGUACGAUCCAAGAAGCCGAUGUGCACCUUGUCGAGCUCGGCGAUGUCCCUCCACCCAUGGACCCGGUAGCUGGCAGUGUGCUCGAGCUGCCCCUUGUCAACAUUUGCUUUGUUGCGUGCGAUGACUCGGACCUGUACAAGAACAACACACGUACUUUUAUCAAGGACUGGCUGGCGCUCCUCUCGUCUAGGCGUGGGUCUCAAGUUCCUCUCAUUGUGCUGGUCAACCCGCCCUCGGCUUCAGGAGCACCUCAGUCUUCCAAGAACGUCUUUGGUCGCGACCGUGGCAUCAUCGCCAAGCUCAAGACCGACUUCAACACCACGAAGCGCGACAUCUGCUCCCAGAUCUUCCUCCCUCCAGCUGGUACGACGGACCCUGCGGCGUGGCCUGAUAUCAUCAACAAGCUCAAGGAGAGCGUUGUGCAGGCGUUCGAUGCUGCCAUUAUUGAGCGUGAGGAAGAAGUCAAGCGCGGCGAGGCCCAGCGUGUCACCCCAAACUGGAACUUUUUCUCGUGGUUCCUCCUCAAGGAAUCGCUUGCCCACUCGUUCGAAGGAGUCAACCUGUUCGAGGACGCCUUGCUCAUCUACGAGGAGCUGGACGCGGCAUUUGUCCAGGCACUAAAGGAGAACAGUCUGAAGUGGUUUGGUCGCUUAGGAGCCACCGACCCACUGGAUGACAGCCUAUCCAUCCUCGACCCGGCUGCCAAGCCGUAUCGAGAGCUGCUUAUCAGCAGUACCAUCUCCGUCUUCGACUUUAGGAUCUACGUCUUUGCUCGACAGUGUAUCCUCCUCGGCAAAAUCGGUCGCAUCACCGAGAUUGCCAAGAGGGGCCAGUGGUUCAUCGCCAGCCUGGCCCGUCGCUUGCGAGACAGCGAGGCGACCCUCCCCGAAUACUUCGUUGAGAGUUGGACGUACAACGCAUGUAUGGACCUCGUCGCGCACUGUGACGAGUGGUCUCGCGUUGACCGCCCCAACAACGACUACUCCGGCUUGAUCGCAUACGAGUCGGCUCGCUCCGAACUCCUAGACAUUGCGCGAGUCCAGAUUGAGCGCAUCGGCGUCAUGACUGGCAACUUGCCCAACAAGUAUCCCUUCCAGCCCAUCCUCUCCCUCGAUGGCAAGCUCAGCGAGAUCUCCUUGAAGGACGAGGACGAGGCCCAGCCCCAGUCGACGCCCAAGAACAAGGACUCGCCUUUGCCAAAGCCACCCUUGUCCAACGAGGUGCUGGUGGGGGCACUGCAGUCCCAGGAGUCAUUCCUUCAGCUGUUUGCCAACCUCACCGAGCAAGCUCUCGCUGCAUACGAGGCAUGCGGCAAGGUCAAUUCGGCUGUUCGUCUCAAGACCGACUUGGCAGCCCUUUCCAUGCACUCUGAGGACUGGACGACCGCAUACGACCUGUUCCGCUCACUGUCUCGAGACUGCGCCGAGCUCCGCGUUUGGGACCGUGUGGCCAAGUAUGCCCUCGAGGGUGCGCUCUUCGCCCACACCGAGCUCCAAAAGCCCCGUGACGACGACUGGGCGAACCUUGCACUCGCAUACCUGCGCGUGUGUUCCGUUGCUGGCCUGACCGACAACGAGCGGGCCGAGUUGCAGACAGCCCUUGCGGGCCUGAGAAAGCUGCCGCAACCUAGGCAAGACAACCCCGUCUUCCACCUACGUCUUAUCGACAAUGCGGCGUCGCUGUGCUCCGACGUUAGCGUUACUCAACUCACUUUGCAAGUGACGAACACGCUGCCUGUCGAGGUAGAGGUGGAUGAUGUGUGGCUCGAGCUGGACUCGGAGACCUACGGCACAAUCGUCUAUUCGUCGGGUGCUACCACCAUCGCACCAGGCGCGCAGAUCAGCUCUAUUGGCGGUCCUGUCACUCUUCGCGAGGCGUGUGUCGCCCUCGGGCCCGUUGGUUUUGUGACUUCCUACCCUAAGGGCCAGGUCAUUGUCCCGGUCCACCGCAACCUUCAAGGACUGCGUGCAGUCCUCCGCAUGCCCAGUAUCAUUUCCCUCGAUGAAGAGUCACAGAUUGUUCUCGAAGUCCACAGCGGCAAGCAGGCGGUCAAGGCUGCUCGUUUGGCGAUUUCGCCUUUACAAAACGAGGUCACAUACGAUCUUGCCCGCGCAACGACGGACGGAAAAGAAGUCGAGGCGUCAGAGGACAGCAUCGGUCUUGGUGACCUUGAUGAGGACACGGUCAUUCUCAUCUCGAUCCCCUACUCGGGCAUGCCACGAAGCGAGCUGGCAAAGAUCCAGAUUGUCAUUCAGUAUACGUCGUCGGAAGGCGUCGAAUCAAACUACAUUGACGAGCAAUCCGUGUUCAUGGGCCUCCCCAUCACUGUCAACGUACAAGACUUUUUCAGGCCGGAAGCCUUUGCCAUUGCCUCCGACGGACGAGAGUACGUCCGGAUCAGCUCGGUCAACCUGGUCUCGCCUUCCGAUACGUACGCUGUCGACGCGUGUCGCAGCAAGUGGGACUCGUUGGUCCUUGUUUCACCCUCCCAGCCCAUGUCAUGCCUCUUCAAGGUGCGACCCAAGGGUCCGCCUACGAGCGAGGUGCUGCGCCUGGCGAUCCAGUACCAGACCAUCGAAGAUGAAGUGGAACUCGCCGCUCAGGCAGCUUUGAGCACCCUUGCUCUUCCUUCAGCACCACUCUCCCGCGCAGUUCGGUCCCACAUUGCUGAGCGCGCUCUGUGGUUGCAGCGGUACCUCCUCUCCGGCGAGUUGGCGACCAUCUUUGACGCAAACUGGAGCGCUACGGUCCCAUCCUCGGCCAAGGCGGCGUUGGAGAAGUUCCUCGCAGCUCUGGGCCCAGCAGCGCCGCGAUGGAGGACACUGUGUAUCCCCGUCGAGGUGCCUCUACGUCGCCUGCUCACUACCGUGCGUCUCACCCCCGCCACGACCGACGCGAUCCAUGAGGGCCGCGCGCUUGCCUUUGACGUCGAGUUUUCCACUUCACUGUCGUGGCUCGGCGCCACAGAUACCAACGGCGAGGACGAGGCCGCGGGACAAGAGUCCAAGACCUACCGCGUGACGUACGACGUCCAGGCUUCAGGUGACGACUGGAUCGUCGUUGGCAAGAAGCGCGGUGUCUACACGGCCGACGCGUCCCAGUCGGAAAAACAGACUGUCGUCCUCGUCCCCGUUCGUCACGGCACGCUCUCCCUCCCACCCGUGUCGGUGCAGUUGGUCGAGACGCGCGACCUGUCGUCGUCCCAGAUGGCCCCGCGCCCCGACCGUGUCCACUGCGAGACAUACGUCGCCAACGCCGCGCAGGGCGUGCGCGUGCUUCCCGCCAAGACGGGCAUGACCGCACUCGUUCCCAUCGCGCCCGACUGGGACGAGUAA